UCCGGUGGGCUGUCAUUUGGCGGGGAAAAUUGUCACUUAGCACUUUGGACUGUUACGAAGAUGAGGCGUUUAUUACUAAUUUCAAACUCUACACUUCAUGGAAGUGGAUAUCUAGACCACUGUAAAGAUCAAAUAAAGUCGUUUUUGACAGAUAAAGUGAAAACUGUGUUGUUUGUACCAUAUGCUCUUCAUGAUCGGGACCAUUAUGCAAGUAUUGCAAGAACAGCAUAUAAUUCUAUAGGUUUCAACUUAGAAAGUAUACAUGAGAAACCUAAUGCUGUAGAUGCUGUAAGACAAGCUGAGGCAAUAUUUAUAGGUGGUGGGAACACAUUCCGUUUGCUUAAAACUUUGUAUGAUGAAAACAUAGUUGAUGAAAUCCGUAAGCGAGUGUUUGAUGACAGUAUGCCCUAUAUCGGUUCCAGCGCCGGCUCUAAUGUGGCCACUGUCAGCAUCAACACGACCAAUGAUAUGCCGAUUGUGUAUCCACCUUCAUUUAAAGCUCUAGGAUUGGUUCCCUUUAAUAUUAACGCCCAUUACCAAGAUCCUGAUCCCAACAGUAAACAUAUGGGGGAGACAAGGGAGCAAAGGAUCAAUCAGUAUCAUGAAUAUGAGGACUCACCUUCUGUAUUAGGGAUAAGAGAAGGUUGUAUCCUGCAUGUGGAGGGAGACAAAGCCACUCUGAAAAGGUGUUACAAAUGCAAGACUCUUUGAGAGAGGAAAGGAGCCUGUUGAAUAUGACAGUGGAUCAGACAUGAGCUUUCUAUUGAAAGUUUAAAAACAUUGACUAUCUGGUUAGGCCAUUUCUCAUCCAGCUGAUGAUGUAUUGACUAAGAAAUCUGUACAACUGCUCUUAAAGUGUAUAAAGCUUAUAUAUAUCUGAUGCAAAAAUUAUUGUUUGGAUUUAAAAAAAAAAAAACACUUCAGAAAUGUUUGUAUGAAAUAAAAAUGGCAAUAAAUUGCCUUAAAGCGAGUGGUGCAUGCACAGUCAUUGCUAAACGGAUAAAACCCUACUUAAAAUAGCAAUAUAAUAUUUUGUUUCAGAAUAUUUUAUUGUGUUUACUUACAUCUUUUAUGUGUAUUAGAUAACAGAGACAUUUUA